GGAGGCUUUCAAGAAGAGAUUGGACUAUCAUCUGUCAGAAAUGGUGUUGAUCUCCUGCUUGGGGAAAGAUGGCACCUUCCUUUGGGUUGUGUCACUCCUGACUUCUUGCCCUUGCUAAUCAUGGGUCCGAAAGCCAAGGCCCAGCCUUUGAUAGAAGAAACCCCGGUCAGGGUAGCCGUGCGCAUUCGGCCGUUGUUGCCCAAGGAACAGUUACAUGGGCACCAGAUCUGCCUCCAGGGAGACCCUGAGAAGAAGGAAGUGACUUUGGGCCACAUUCGACAUUUCCAGUUUGACACAAUCUUCACUGAAAUCUCAGACCAGGGGUCUGUGUAUGCCACUUGUAUCCAACCACUGGUGGACGCAUUCCUGGAAGGCUUUAAUGUCACUGUCUUUGCUUAUGGUCAGACAGGCUCGGGGAAGACCUACACCAUUGGAGAAGCACGUGUCUCUUCCAUCAAUGAAGAUGAGCAGGGCAUCAUCCCUCGGGCCAUGGCUGAGGCCUUCAAGUUGAUGGAUGAGAACGAUCUGCUCAACUACACUGUCCGUGUCUCUUACCUGGAAGUGUACAAGGAGGAGUUCCGCGACUUGUUGCAAGUGGACACGGCCAGCAAAGACAUCCAGAUAUGGGAAGAUGACAGGGGGAAUACAGUGCUGCACGGGGUGAAAGAAACAGAAGUGGAAGGUCUGGAUGAGGUUCUGAGCCUGCUGGAAAUGGGCAACGCAGCCAAGCACAUGGGAAGCACCCACCUCAACAGGAGGUCCAGUCGUUCCCACACCGUCUUCACUGUGACCAUGGCACGAAGGCAAAACAGCAACUGCCUCACUCGCUUUGCCUGCCCAGGGAAGACUUUGGUGGCGCCGACCGCUGGGCAGGUUCUGAAGUCCAAGUUUCAAUUUGUGGAUCUGGCCGGUUCUGAGCGGGUGGUGAAGUUGGGGUGUACUGGGGAGAGGCUAAAGGAGAGCAUCCAGAUCAACGCCAGCCUCUUGGCCUUGGGCAAUGUCAUUAGUGCUCUUGGAGACCCCCGCCGGAAAAGCAGCCACAUCCCGUAUCGGGAUUCCAAAAUCACCAGAAUCUUAAAAGGCUCCUUAGGUGGGAACGCCAAAACCGUGAUGAUUGCCUGCGUCAGCCCUUCCUCCUCCGACUUUGACAAGAGUCUGACCACUCUGAAUUAUGCCAGAUGGGCUCAGAAUAUCAAAAAUUGGGCCGUGGUGAAUUGUAGCAAGGAGGUGGAGCCCGUAGAAGCCCUGCAGCUGCGUAUCAAGAAGCUUCAGAGGGCCUUGGAACAGAGACACCGCUCAGAGACUCGCAUCAUCCGCCGAUCGGAGGUACCCAUCAAGGGUCACUUGGAGGAAAGCAUGGCUCACUUACGAGCUGAAUGCAACCACUACCAGACUCGCACAGAUGCCGCCUAUCAGCUCUUGAUGGAACUGCAAGGGGAGGGCAAAUUGACAGAGGAACAGGGGCUCCGGGUGAAGGACUGGCUGUGUGCAGUGGAAAAUGGGGCAGGCGAGCUGAGUUUGACCUCCGGCGUAGACAGCAGGAUUGGAAGCACUUCAGCUGAGGAACAGCACUCCAAAACCUCCAUUUCCAAGCUAGUCAAGACUCAGGAGGGGCAUCAACAAGGACCCGAGACAGUGGGACAGGAGGAAGUGGUGAGGCUGGAGGAGCAAGUAGAGCGCUUAGAGAAGGAGAACCAAGAUUUCUUGGCAGCUCUUGAGGAUGCUAUGGAGCAGUACAAAGCACAGGGUGCCAAAUUGCAAGAACAGGAAGACAUCAUCUCUGAACUUCAGAAGUACCUAAAGAUGGAGAUGCCCCAUUUGGGCAUGCCUGAACUGCUAGGAAAUGUCUCCCUGGUGCAGUUGGACCAAAGGCCACACACAGCUCCUGUGGAUGCAUACCAGUCCCAUCACUGGCUCAAGCUUGCCUGUAAUAACCAUAGGAAGCUCCACAGUGUCACAGUUCACAAUGGAGAAGACUCACUGGGACAAAGUCACAGUCUCGCUGGAGAUAACAUGUACAGUCUAGGGACAAAGGAUAUAUCACAAAUGAAAACACUGGAUAACGUUUUGGAUUCAUCUUUGGAAGAUGAGAAUAGAUGUUGGCCAAUCUGGUCCCUUCAGCAAUAUAGGAACAGAACCCAUAGCUGGAGCAAAGAGGAGGUUUCAACCAAGAAGAAUAAAAAAUACAACUCAAAAUCCCCAGAGGGAGUCCAGAAGAAAUCUUUGGAGCUACCUAAAGAUGGUAGGCAACAAGAGCUGAGCAGUCCAGCAGGGAGCUUUCCAGGCAAGGAUUCAGAAUGGCAGCUCCUUCAGGCCCACCAGAAGAUCCGUGAGCUGGCUAUCAACAUCCGUAUGAAAGAGGACCUGAUAGUAGAGCUUAUUAAAACAGGCAAGCAUGCUCAGGCCAUGAACAAACAGUACCAGCAGAAGAUUCAACAUUUGGAGCAGGAAGCCGAGCAGGUGCGGAUGGAGCUGAAUGACGGCCAGAGGCAGUUGCAAGAGCUGGAAGGCAAAGAGCCUCGUGACCCUGCCGAAAAGUGGAAACUCCAGGAAUAUCGCAGCAAAGUGGAAGCUGCUCAGAGCAAGGCAAAGAUCCUUCAGGAGAAGAAACGGGCAACAGAGAGAUUGGCAUCCUUCUCUGCUCAAAACGAGAAACGCCUGCUGGAGCUAGAGAGGAACGUGCAGCUGAUGCGGCAGCAGCAAGGGCAGCUCCAGAAGCGUUUGCGGGAAGAAGUGGAGCAGAAGCGACGUCUGGAAACCGAGAUGCAGAAGAGACAGCAUCGGGUCAAGGAGUUGGAACUGAAACAUGAGCAACAUCAAAAGAUUCUGAGGAUCAAAACGGAAGAGGUAGCUGCCUACCAGAGAAAGCACAGGAGUGGCAGCAAUGACUCAAUGAUCAGUCUAGAACAGCAGCAGAAAAUUGAAGAGCAGAAGAAGUGGUUGGAUGUAGAGAUGGAAAAAAUCCUCAAGCAGAGACGUGCCCUGGGUGAGCUGGAAGAUGAAUUGAUCAAGAGAGAAACAAUUGUCGCCAAGAAAGAAGCUCUCCUUCAGGAGAAGAAUGACCUGGAAAACAAGAGACUCCGGUCUAGCCAGGCUCUGAAUGAUGACAUUCUUCAUGUCUCCAGUCGUCUGGAGUACCUAGAGAAAGAGCUAACCCAGAGGAGUGGGCAGCUUUGUCAUAGCAGUUCACAGGACCAGCAGCUCAUCCGGCAAGAAAUUAACAAUUUGCGGCAGGAGAAGGACCAGUUGCUCAAACAGAGGUUGGAGAUUGAUGAGAAAUUACGUCAGGGCACCUUGCUAUCACCUGAGGAGGAGCGGAUUCUUUUCCAGUUGGAUGAAGCCAUUGAAGCCCUGGAUGCUGCCAUAGAAUAUAAGAAUGAGUCCAUUACUUGCAGACAGCGGGUUCUGAGGUCCUCCGCCAGCCUUCUGUCCCAAUGUGAGAUGAACCUUAUGGCAAAACUCAGCUACCUCUCUUCCUCAGAGACCCGGGCACUUCUUUGCAAAUACUUUGAUAAGGUGGUGACCUUGCGAGAAGACCAGCACAAACAGAACGUGGCAUUUUCCGAACUGGAAAUGCAGCUGGAAGAGCAGCUACAGAUGGUGUUUUGGUUGGAGGUGGCCCUAGAGCGUCAGCGCUUGGAGAUGGAUCGUCAGCUGACCUUACAACAGAAGGAACACGAGCAGGACAUUCAGCUCCUGCUCCAACAGAGUCGGGAACAUAUAGAAGGACAGGCAAACAGCAGGCUUCAGUAUGAACACAAGAUCCAGACAUUGGAAAAAGAAUUGGCUCAUUACAAAUGGCUAAAUGAGGAAUUAAACCAAAAGUUAAAGCAGUCGGAGGGACACAGUGGAGUGGACUGA